ACGGAUUUGAUUAAAUCACCAAUAAGGAAGAGAGGUUCAAUCAAACUGCAUCAUGACUGAUUCUUCUAAACCUUCCAUAACACAGCUGGUGAAGAUACAUGUCAUCUCAGAGGUUCUCAGCUGUAGUCCUGGACAUCCAUUAGCUCAUGGUCCAUCUUAUUUAUCAGCUUAUUAUUCGGAGAUUUGAGAGAAAGUAGGGAAUACAUUAAGUAAUCGAGCAUGACUGGAGUUGAAAGUCCCGGAUCUAAUGCAUUCUCUCUGCAUGCUUGUUUGUGCAGGUUGCCUGUUCGUGACAGAUUAUUUCACCCGGACACCUCGCAAGCUGAAUGCCUUCCGCUCAUUCGCCAGCGUGGAGCUCUUCCACUUCACCGUGCCUGAUGACACUGUUGUUGCUGUCUGGAACCUCAUCACAUUUAAGGAGCAAGGGGGAACGUUUGGAGACAACUGUCCUGAUCGCAACGUGACAGUGUAUUUCAGGUCAGGUGCCCCACCGGUCAUCAACCCCUUGAACACCCAUUUCCCCAAGGACACCAUUGUCCCAGGGUCCUUUGCUGUCACGCUGACAUGGACGCUGCCCAACCGUACUACGGGGGUGUUCAAUGUUACCAGCCCUCUCCCUGGAGACUGGUUCUUGGCUGCACAUCUGCCAAAGGAUGAAGGGAAAAUAUCUGUCAAGGGUCUUCAUGAAGAAUGUCAGUACCUCUUCCAACCUCAGCUCAUAGUCCAGAGGCUUAUCGGGAUUUCGGUGCUCUACCCUGGCUACUUCAUAGACCAGAUGAUUCCAGGUCACAACAGAUCUGUUCUCUACAAGUGAGUGGACAUUUUAGUAUUGCACACCAUGACAGGAAAACUGAAUACACAGACAGUUGAGUACAUAAACAAAUGCAGAUAGAUGAGCACACACAAGUAUGCAAAUAUACUCAGGCACUAGCCCAGCUGGGAAUGAUUGAUUCAUCCCUGAUAUGAUGAUGCUGAAAGGCUCAUUUUUUGCAGGUAGAUUCCACAAACAUCAGUCUGAUAUCUAUUUUAGGAUCCAAAGCUUCAAUGAGGCUGAUAAGAACGCUUGUGCCAUUUGCAGCACUGCUCAGCAUACUAACAGCAGGAUGUCUGUAUCACACAUGCACACACACACACACACACACACACACACACACACCCUCUUCAUCAUUCUGUGCACAUCGUUUUCUGUUCUCUUUCAUAGGCCUCCGUCAUUAUGAUGUUCAAAUAUUAAUUAGUGUCUCAAAUAGCAAGCAACCUUUUCUUUAAAUAGAAAUGGAAGCAUCUAAGAGACAUAGGUGUGAAAUCAGAGCAGUGCAUAACCUUGGAAAAUAAAGAGUGUGAAAGUCUCAACAUGGUCUCACGCUUCAAUUCAGUACACACCGCACAAAUCGUAUGAAAAGAUGAAAAGUUACAGAGCAGGGAUAGUGUUCAUACCUUUUCCUGUGAAUGAAAUUGAACAAAAUAUAACCAUAUCACCUUAGUUUUUAAAUGUGUACAGUUUUUCAUGAUAUCAGGUUUUUUUUUUCCACCUUCAAAAGAUGCAAUGCAGUAGUUUUUAUAUAAAGAACAUAAACUCAUAAAUCAUAUUAUUAAUAACACUGGUUGGUUUUAAAAUCACUGUUACUGAUUACUAUGAAGGUUUCAGACUAGAUAAGGCUAAAUGCACUAAAAGUAGAGUCAGUGAUUUUUAUGUCAGAAUAU